UCAGGAUUUAUUUUUGGACUGCCAUGGCGUCUGUUCCUUCCAUUUGUAGGAAGGGGGGUCGAGUUGGGCUCAACAUGAACCUGCCGCUCUGACACUCCGGGCUGGGACAAGCAGGCAGCAGCCGGCCGGCCGCCCCCCGAGCAGCAGUCGCACAGGGGAACCUGCCUGCAGCACUGCCUUGAACAUCUGCAACAAGUUUUUACCUGGGUGCUGAUGCGCUCAUGGCUGUCGCUUAUGGUACUGUCACCCAGCUGGGCCUGCUUUCCCAGCAGUACCCUCCCCCCCUGCUGCCCAAGCCUGGAAAAGACAAUGUUCGGCUUCAGAAGCUCCUCAAAAGAACUGCUAAGAAAAAGGCCUCCGCUCAAGCAUCGCAGUCCGCUGCACCUUUCCGCUCCAGCCUUUCCCCUGUGAACGAAGCAAGUCCUGACCUUGAGCACAGUGACCACUCCACCCCUCCUAAGACUCCAGAGACACCGUUCAGCCUCUACAAUGUUCAGCAGCCUCCACGGUUCACCAUCAGGCCGCUGUAUCAACAUGUGGCGUCCCCUUACCCACAGCGUGCAGCUUACGGCAAAGCAGCGAGGUUCUCACCUCAGACAGUGGCGACACCGUCAUAUUCUUACUCACAGCACGUUACCAUAGUUUCUUCAUAUUCUGCAUCAACCCACCUUCCUGGAGUCUCAACAGCUCCAGGGCCAGUUGCCGAGCUGGAGGUGCCCAAAAUACCUCUGCCAGCCUCCUCUGUACCUGAGACAACAACUCCAGCUGCUGAAGGGAAAAUGCCAGCUUUUAGCACAUUUGCUGAAACUCAUGUUGACCUAAGACCUACUGCUGCUGCAGGAACCCUACAGCCAAAAGGUCCAGGUCCAACUCCUUAUAUAGCAACUGGGGGUCAAGCUGUGAUUCGUCCUCUCACUGUGUUGACCACGCUCAAAUGCAAAAGUCCACGUCCAACAUUCAAAGCAACGGAACCUUCAAGAUCGCCCAAACCGAUGUUUGAUGUUCCUCAAAUUAGGAUGUACACGGCAACCACAUCGUACUACGAGUCAUCCAGGACCCCACCAGUGUAUGACACAGCUGGAUUAACUGCUAUUGGCAGCGCAGUACCUCAAAGUAAAGAUCUGACUUCAACAUCUGAGGUUAAAAGAGGUGCAACACCAACGGCUCUGCCUCCUUUACUGGGCACAGACCCCCAGAGGAAAACACCAACCCCAGAACCUAAAAGAGGCACUACACCAACAGCAGAGAUUAUUACAAGCAUAACUCCAACAGCUGAAAAGAAAAGAGCCACUCCAACGUCUGAAAUCAAAAGGGCUACCCCAACACCUGAAAUGAAAAGAGCUACCCCAACAUCUGAAAUCAAAAGAGGUACCCCAACAUCUGAAAGCCAAGUUACACCAACUUUUGAGUUUCAAACAUCAAGAACACCAACAGGACGACCUAAAACCCCGGCAUACUAUAUGACUCGGGCUGCAACACCUGUCUUUGAAGUCUCAAAACCCAAUCCUCUCUUGUUUGCUGUGUCACCAAUCACAGUAGAGCCAGAGAGGUCAAGAACACCUGAACCUGCUGAGACGAUACUGAAUGGGGACAUUCAUUUGGACAUGACACCUCCAGUUAAACCAAUCCAACAAACAAUUACAAAGUCAAAAUCAGAGCCUGAUCUGACAAGACAAACUGCUCCAGCAGGCUCUCAAAGACCUAAAAGUCCAAUGUCUGAGCUACAGACACCAACGGUGACUUCUUACGGCAAUCAGAGGCCCAAGACUCCAACAUAUGAGGCAUCCCGACUUAUGACCACAUCACCUGGUUAUAGAAGACCAAAGACACCUACAUAUGGGACAUCACCUUCCGGUGUAUCACCUGUAGCCUUUCAGAAACCUAAAACUCCGACCCAAGUGGCUCAAAAACCAAAGUCUGGCUACCGUGGAUUGACACCGGCUGAAUAUGCUGCUUACGGUGGAAUCAGAACUUACACUCCAGCAUUUGCUGUCUCCGGUUCUAAGCUGCAAACUGAGGUGGAGGUUAAAACUUCAAAAGAGGAACCAGCAGAACGUAAAACACCUAGCCAAGAACCAUCUGUGAAGGUACAAUCUAUGUCUGAGGUGUCUAAAGCCAAAGAGACCCCCAAAGAUGUAGAUAAACCCCACGUGAGAGAUGAGACUGGCACCACCCCCUUGAUCCCUGCUAUUAUUGUUUCACAGGCAUCUGACACCGCAGGAACAACACAAAAGACAAGUUCAGUAUCAAGUCAGCGUGCAGCCAAACAAGAAAUAACAGUGAUUCAAGAAACACCAAAGGCUAAACCUCCAACAGCUGAGGAGAAAACUCCUGUGAAACCGAAGGUGGAAGCACAAAUUCAAGAAGCUGCCAAACCAACAACUCCUUCUGAAGCCAAACACCCUCUGCCUAAAGGGGACGACCAGGAUCCUCUGAAGGCAGUGAGAAAACUUUUAGGCAAAGAUAAAGUGCAGAAAUCUGCAACUCAGACAAAAGCUGACAUCUCAGACAAAAAAGAGCCAGCGAAACCUGUAGCUGCCGUCAAGACUAAGGUCGAAGACUUUAAGGCAGCUGAGCCAACAGGAAGUGAAGACAAAGGAGAAGAAAAGAAAGCAGAACCAGACUCAGCAGUUAAAUCUGUACCUGAAAAAAAGGAAGCUGAGGAAGCCCUCCCAGAAGCUGAGCCCCUUCUUAAAGUCAUACAAAAGCCAAAGGGAUUGAAAUCCAAAGUCAGUGGUUGGUCCCGACUCAAGAAGCACAUGGUGGUGGAGCAGGAGGAGCCCAAAUUUCCAGAGGUAGGCCCUCAGAAGGAGGCCACUGGGCAGGACCAGAGCGAGGCGAAAAAGGUUGACGAGAAGGCUGCUGACAAAACUGGCACUCAGGACGAGAACCAAACCAAAGGCGCCCCCAUAGCAACAAAGAUGUGGGACGCCGUCCUCUUCCAAAUGUUUUCCUCUAAAGAGAACAUCAUGCACCAGAUCGAGUUAAACAAAAGCGAGGAGGAGAAGAAGAAGGACAAAGAGGGGAAGGACGAGUCGAAAGAGAUACCUUCAUUCGCUUUCCGGCUGCCUGUGCUGCUUUUUAGUCCAAAGUUUGAUGCUAAAAAGCUUAGAGAGGCGGCGUCGAGGCCUGUGACAAAAAUUUCAACUGUUUUUGAAAUGGGUCUGAUUGGGCGGAAAGGUAAAGACGAGGAACCAAAAGACUUUAAUAGAACAGCAAAGGGGUUCGCUGCUACUUAAGCUAAUAUAAUAAAGUGCCAGGAUGAAAAUGUGAAAAACAAACAAAAAAAAGUUCUGAUAUGUUUUAUGUACAGGUGCAGAAAUCUUAGUCUUUGUGUUAAACAAAUGACGUUUGUGUUGUAGAAAAGUCGGCUCUGAACUUUAUACUUGACAAAUGCUUUGUGUUGCAUUCGUGUGACUGGUCGUCUGGAUGUUAAAUGUUUGUAUUUGUGAAUUAUCUGGAAAAAGAGAGAGAGCUACAUUUGUCUUAAAGUCAUUCAGACGUCACAUCAGAUUAAAGUGUUUAUGUUUUCAGUAAA